AUGAAUGAAGAAGAUUAUGAAAAAAACAUAACCAAGACCGUCGAUGUUGAGGCUGCAGAGCUAUCCUCUAAUGACUUCGGUACAUAUGAAGAACAACAUAAAGAAAAAACAUGGAUUGAAAAGAUAAAAAAUUCUUGGAUUUUUAAAAGUGUGGAGGUACGUGGGAUAGAACGUAUACCAGAAGAUGAGCAAAUUGAUACUUCAAUAUGGAAUACAGCUUCCAUGUGGUUUGGAGCAAAUAUGGUUGUUGCUACUGUUGCUAUCGGCGUUCUGGGAAUAACAGUUUUUGGUUUAGAUUUCUGGUCAGCUUUUUUGACAAUUAUUUUUUUCAACCUUUUAGGAUCUCAACCAGUUGCGCUAUUUUCAACAUUUGGGCCAGUUUUUGGUCUUCGUCAAAUGGUUUUGACGAGGUUUUGGUUUGGCCGUUAUGUCGCUAUAGUACCGGCCAUCAUUAAUAUUGUUGCUUGCGUCGGCUGGACCGCUGUUAACACAAUUGUCUCUGCUCAACUUCUUCACUCUGUAAACAACGGAGCACUCCCUCCUUGGGCUGGUGUCCUUAUCAUUGCUGGAAUCACUUUUGGUAUUUCAUUUUUUGGUUAUCAUAUAGUGCAUCAAUUUGAAAAAUGGUCUUGGGUUCCAAACGUAAUUAUAUUUCUUAUUUUAGCUAUCAGAAUGGGUAAAUCACAUAAAUUUACUUAUGGAGAUAUGGUUGGAGGGAGAACUACUGCUGGUAAUGUUUUAUCAUUUGGUGCUACAGUAUAUGGAUUUUCAACUGGAUGGACGUCAUACGCAGCUGAUUAUACUGUUUAUAUGCCAAAAAAUACGUCUCGUUGGAAGGUUUAUGUUUCAGUUGUUCUUGGUCUCAAUACUCCUUUGAAUAUUGCAAUGAUUUUGGGAGCUGCCUGUGCCACUGGUACCCUUACAACCGAAAGCUGGCAAACUAAUUAUGAAAAUAAUAGUGUGGGUGGGUUAUUCUAUUCCAUUUUAGUUGAAAACUCUUUGCAUGGAUUUGGCCAAUUUUGUAUAGUUAUUCUUGCUCUUUCAACGGUUUCCAACAAUAUCCCAAACUUAUACUCUCUUGGUCUUUCUGCACAAUCAAUUUGGGAUAAAUUUAUUUUAGUUCCCCGAUUUGCUUGGACUUUUAUUGGAGCUGCAGUUUCUAUUGCAAUCGCCAUCCCGGCUUAUUAUGAUUUUAACAAUGUUAUGGAAGAUUUUAUGAAUCUUAUAGGCUAUUGGCUUGCAAUUUAUACUGCAAUUGGUAUUUCAGAGCAUUUUUUUUACAAAAAAGGAUUUAUAGGAUAUAAUCCAGAUGAUUAUAAUAAUGCGAAACGAUUACCACCCGGGAUCGCAGCAGGAUUUUCUUUUGCGUGCGGUUGUGCAGGUGUUGCUAUUGGAAUGAAUCAGAUAUGGUGGACUGGUCCGUUAGCGAAACUAAUUGGAACUUAUGGUGGUGACAUUGGGUUUGAGCUUGCCUUUGGCUUUGCUUUCAUCGCUUUCAAUAUUACCCGACCUUUAGAACUUCGCUAUUUUAAUCGAUAG